AUGGAUUGCAGGAGGUGAAAGGACCCGGGGGCACGUUGUUGCAGGAAUUUCUUCCAUUUUCCAAACUCUUUUCUUCUGUAUUCUCUCACUUGAUUAGUCAAACUUGCCAGCAAUAACCAGGAGGAUAGAAAGCUUAUGAUCUACUUUUUCCCGUAAAAGAGGGGUGCACCGAAAUCAGACAUGACGUCUAUCCUCUACCUUAUCACUUGAGAUGGCCCAGCGAGAUGGAAAAAGAAAUUGAAGUCAAGCAUAUUCGUCUCUAUGAUAAGCAUGCCCAAAGUUUCUUUGGUGCCCUUUACUAGCAAUUAAUUAUCAAGGGACUGCUCUGAAAAGUCCCCAGAUGAAGCAAAGUUAAUAACGAGAAACAAGUAAUUUUCCAAUAAACCUUCACAUGUCGUGCAUCUUUUGGCUUUGUUUUGAAACUUAAUCACCCAUUGUUUGAGACAAUCGUCUUCUUCCAGUUUUAAGCAAGUGGAUGCAAUACCAUUGUUUCAGAUGCCAUUCUGGAGCUGAAAACAGGGGCAAUUCGGCUGAAAGUGACCUACCACCAGCACCGCUACCACAAGUAGUGAAACUUUUUAACAAAUUUCCACAUCAAUUUUGGUUUUGAAUUAAAAAAAAAAAUUGUCAAAACUGAAGCCUCUGCCUUCGCACUACAAACCAAUCCCCAACCAGCCACACUCUUUUCUCUUUCUCCAAAUAAGAACUCCUCACGGCUCACCCCAACCCACCAGGCCACUAGUAGUUUUUAAUUACCUUACAUACUAUUCUUUGUCUCCACGUCAAUUGAUUCUGUCUGUCAUCCAAAAUCUAAAUUUAUUUAUUUAUACUAAAAAAACGUAAACAAAGAAAAUGCCUCGAGAGUCCAGAAUUAGGAUCCCACUCAUCUAGCACUCAUCAGCACUUUCCUUCGAUCCCAAUCCGUUUGGGUCCUCUCUUUUCUUUAUUUAGUUAUUGUUUUUAUACUGCAUUGAAGGGUCAGAACCAAAUAUUCAUGAAUUAGUAGAAGAUAAGAUCCUUGGCAGAUUCUUUCUUUAUAUUCCCCUUCUCCCCCCCACCCAAAGAUCCCUCAUCUUGUCAUUCUUUUUUCUUUUCUGUCGUUCAAAAUUUUGGCGCCAAAAAGACAUGAGAGUCGAAGGAUUUGAGGGAGAGGUCUUCCAGGCGAUCGAGGUCUCACCGCCGUCGGAUAAUUCUCCGGUUAUAGGAGAUGAUAGCCAGAGUGUCGGAGAGGAGUUGUUCGUCCCUCCUUUGAAUUUUGCUAUGGUCGAUAAUGGAGUUUUCAGGUCUGGUUUCCCUGAUUCCGCCAAUUUUAGUUUCUUGCAAUCGAUAGGGCUCCGCUCAAUUAUAUAUCUCUGCCCCGAGCCUUAUCCAGAGACCAAUAAUGAGUUUUUGAAGGCUAAUGGAAUCCGGCUUUUCCAAUUCGGUAUCGAUGGAUGCAAGGAACCUUUUGUAAACAUUCCAGAGGAAACAAUCCGGGAAGCAUUGAAAGUAGUCCUUGAUGUAAAGAACCAUCCACUACUAAUCCAUUGCAAGCGAGGAAAGCACCGUACAGGCUGCCUUGUGGGAUGCUUAAGAAAAUUGCAGAGAUGGUGCCUAUCUUCCAUUUUUGAUGAGUACCAGCGGUUUGCUGCUGCCAAAGCAAGGGUGUCCGACCAGAGGUUCAUGGAGAGGUUUGACGUUUCCAGCUUGAAGCACUUGCCAAUAACGUUUUCAUGUUCAAAGAGAUAGCUUAACUUCAACCAUAGCUUGAAGUUUACUGCCAUAAAAUUAACAAAGCCAACCAACUGGCCAAGAGUUAGUUGAUCUGUUUUCUUUUCCUUUUUUUUUUUUUUUUGGAUACUUUUGAAGCAUGUCAUGGAUGGUGAACAUACUGCUAUUGCGUAUUUUCCUCAUUUUAAUGGAAAAUCAUAUAUAAAUUUUUCUGGCUAUAUACGAAGUUUCUUGUUCUUCCGUUUAGUAACAUUAUGUUC